AUGGCCGCUCACGAACGCAGCGGGACCAUCUCAUAUGAGGAACUUUGUGAGAUAUACUCCAAAGAGAUCAUCGACCAGGCCACACGCCCCAGCAUCGAAGACGACGAAGACGUACCUGUGGAUCCUGUCAACCCCGCCCCAGCCGAGGAGUCCGUCCUUCUGCAACUCACCUACUCCGUGUGGUUAUCCAACCCCCCUGCCACAGAAGCAACCCACGGCCCCCGAUCCCAACGACGAUCCUACCUAUGGCACGAGGUCCACGGUCCACCCACCCGGCCCCUCUACAUCUGCAUCCCACCGGCCGCCCGCGAAUGGUCCUGGGGAGGGUUCCAACGAGGAGUCAUCAGGAGCCUCGUCAGUCAUAACCUGGAGGUAGGACACGAGAUUCGAUGCAACCACGCCGCCGGCGAGCUCGUCUGGCAGAUGUCCCGCGGCUCGGCCGCCCAACCGAGUCCUGACCCGGCCCUGUCGCUCAUAUGCGGCCGAUCCUGGCCAGCAUCAGUCCGGCGGAUCCUUCGCACCCCCCAUCGCUUUCGGCUCCACAUAAUGGCCCCCGAUGGUCCCUGGCAGCUCGACCCAGAGCCCUCGAUCAACAGGCAACCGACACCCCCCCAUGACGUCGGUCCAGGGCGACUUGACUGGACAUAUCUCCACUGCCCGACACCCUCGUCUGGCCCUCGCGCGCCGCCUAUGCAACCCAGAACCCCCCCGCCGGGCGAGAUUAUUGUCCCAAGGCAGGUGUACGUGGAUUACACCCUUUAUGUGCCCAUAGGUCGGGACCCCCACGGAGUUAUAUACACGCAAAUCUACCAGGGCAAAGAUCACCCAAGCGCCCCCAUGAGCCUCCUCCUGCAGGGCCUGACCCCCGCCAAACUCACCCGCCUCGUCUUCUUCCACCUCAGCCGCGAGCGCCGCUCGAUCCACGUGGACCGAGUAGCUCAGGACGCAGAUGCCACGAAGAGCCUUCAAUGGCACUUCACGAUCAUCGAGCCCGGCCAGGCCCCAGCGCUCGGAUCAUUCAUGCGAGGCGAAGGCUGCUUUGAGGAUUUUGUCAACGCUGUGGGUGCAUCGUCACCCCUAGCCAAGGUCGUUAUCCGGCUAUACAUGCAGUAUGAUGACCGGCACCUUCGGCCCCUCCCACCCAAGGAGCGCCGAUACCUAGUGAUUGGCCCCAGGAGCCCACGAGACGAUACGACCUCCAGGACACAAGGAACAGCCUAG